CUUAAUAAGAUAGGCUAGUUACAGCGGAAAUCCGAGAGAUGAAAUGUUACUCAAUUCUUUGCUUAUUGCAACUUAUCACAUACGUAAAUAACUUUAAAAAUCUCAUUUUGCGCCAUUUCAUGCUGUUUAUCAAAUGAAAUUGAAUUCAAUAUCAUUAUUAAUAGUGAGGUGUGCCUUUGAUUGUUCAAUGUAUCAGAUUUGAUUGUCAAAAAUGUCUCCUAGUGGUCCUUUUCAUUGUCAUCGAUAUUGUAAUUGUGUAAUCAUUGUAUUCAGAGUUAUAAUUAUGCAGAGUCUAUAUGAAAAUAAAGUUUAUUAAUAAAACAUGCAUGAUUCUCAGCCCCAGUCGCGCUGAUUUGAUUGAAUUAACCUCACUCUCACUACGACCACUUAAUGCAAUCAAUUUUAACUGACGCAUAAAAGAACUCAUAGUAAGCCAGACAGUGUGAGUAUCACAGUCAGUCAGUAAUAAUGAUUCCUUGUAAAGUAGUCAACUUACGGGAACUUAUCCUCAUCAUUUUACUGACAAUAUCUACAAAGAAUAUUCUCUGUGAUGAAGAAAUAUCAGCUGAAAUCAAACUCUACACUGAAUUACGAGAACAAUGUUUGUACAAACUGAACAUAACCUCACUUGAAGAUCAAACGCUGUCAAAUUUAGCCUGUAUGGACAGAUGUAUCCUUGAAAAAGUCAAUAUAAUCAACAUAGAUGGCGUUUUCAACACAGAAAACAUUCCACCAAACAUCAGAAACGUUGCGAUUGUUUGCAAUGAAGAAACAAUGAAACUCGAACCCUGUCAACGUGCGCAAAGCUACAAUCUCUGCGUGUUUAAAGCCGUCGGGAUCAAAGUAUUAGCUGAAGUAUGCGCUAAUGAAACAUCUGUUUAUAUUGAUACGGAAACAAUGCCGAAAAGCAUGAUGAAUCUCACCGAUGAUAAUUUAUCGUGUUACAAUCGCUGUAUGUUAAUCAAAAUGGAACGCAUUGAUGUACGUAAUAAUAUCAACGCUAACCUGUUGAAAAUUUAUGUUAAUAACGCAGAGAAAGUAAAAGAAGCUGUUGCAAUCUGUGAAGAAGAUAAUCAGCAAGAAGAUGAGUGUAAACAAGCCGUGGAACGAGAGAAAUGUAUCAUGGAGAAGUUAACCUGACACAAAAUGGAGGAACACAUCAAUAAUCAAUGGAAUAGAUUAGAAAUUUAACUGAUAAACACUAAUUGCAUUUUAAUGUAGGCUGUAAUGUAAUUAUUGCAAAAAAAUUAAGUGAAGAAUGCAUUCACUGUGACGCAACAACGAACAACGCUUAACACGUUACCAGAAAUGUUACGAAACGAUGCACAUGCAAACAAUUAUAUACCGAGUGUUUGCAAAUGUAAAUUUUAAUGUAAAUUUAAUUAUUCAUCAAAGAAUUUGUUAUGAAACAGUCGCAGGAGUUGAUAAAUAUUGAUCACAUGCAAAACGCAUUCAUUACUAACAAUUUAGUCAGUUUUAACAGCCAUUUUACAACCUACACACGCGCAGAAAUAAAUUCUUUUGUUUCGUACCCGCAUAGUCUGGUUAUUUAUUGUCGGAAAAAAACUGAAAGUGCUUCCGCACCCGGCAGUGGACUAAUUAAACUGUGCACUUGACCCAAUUAUUCGUAUUUUUCACCAGUCUCUCCCGAAAUUAUUAAUUAAUUCGCAGUUUUAACAAAAAAAAACACCGAAAAUAUUCAUCCAGUGCGGUGGAACAUCAAACGCGCGGUUCUAUUAUCAGAUAAAUCAAGGAAGUGUUUGCGGAAUUAGAGAAUUUGAUCGAAUUUUUAAUAUUCGUGCUUAUUUUUAUCUACGCAUGUGUAAAUCGAGCGGGCGGACUAUAUAAACACUCACCUGAGCGAUUUUUAGUUAUGUGCGCGCUUUUGUUCUGCUCCCGCACUAAUUCCAGGUGAUAAUUAACGCAAAGGCAUACAAAGGUGUGCACACAACACGUCAACAAUUAAAUUUUCGGUUUUUACACAUACAAACGCUAAAACAAGUUCUAAAUUGACAGAAACUUAAAAAUUAUUUAAAGAUGAAGAUUUGUGUAUUAAUAUUAUGUGUUUUUAUGAUUAUAACAACUACAUCAACGCAAAGUACGCGUAUUAUAAACGUGUAUGAUAAACCAUUUAAUAUCUACUGGAAUGUGCCGACAUUCCAAUGUCGUGGCAAGAAAGUAUUCUUUGAAGAACUAAACGCCAAGUACAACAUCAUCACGAAUCAAAAUGAUUCGUUCAAAGGCGAUAAAAUGGUCAUAAUGUACGAUCCGGGGAACUUUCCUGCCAUUUUGACAGAUGACGAAACAGGUUAUACUAUUCUACGUAAUGGCGGCGUACCGCAAGCGGGAAAUCUAACCAAACAUUUGGAAAUGUUUCAACGGGCAGUUGAAAAUGAUUUUCCAGACAUAAAUUACUCUGGUCUUGCUGUAAUUGAUUUUGAAAGCUGGCGUCCGAUUUAUAACCAAAACUGGGGAUCACUCAUCCCCUACAAAGAUUUAUCAGUGGAAAUCGAAGCUGAAUUGCAUCCAAUGUGGACUCUGGCUGAGUUGAAACAAGAAGCCGAACGACGUUUUGAAUUAGAAGGUCGGAAAUAUGUCGAAGACACUCUUAGACACGCAAGGAAACUUCGCCCGAAUGCAAUUUGGGGAUAUUAUGCGUAUCCAUAUUGUUACAAUAUGCAAUCACCUGAUUAUCUACCAAUCUGCAGUGAUUCAGUUGUUGCUGAUAAUGACAGAUUAAAUUGGAUGUUUGAUUCCUCGCAGAGUUUACAUCCUUCUUUGUAUUUCGGUGAAUCAUUGACUGCUGAUCAACGUAGACAAUUGAUGGAAGGACGUGUGUAUGAAGCUGUCAGAGUAAAAAAUCAAUUCGGCGAGAAUAAGAGGAUCUAUCCGUACUUUUGGUUUGUUUAUCGCGAUACAAGAAAUUUCAUGAGUGAAGAAGACCUCCUCAAUGCGUUUUCGAUCUUUAAAAGUUACGGAACUGAUGGAAUGAUCAUUUGGGGCAGUAGUAGUGAUGUGAAUACCAAGCAAAAGUGUAAAGAUUUGUACAAUUACAUCGAUACAGUUCUCGGGCCUGCCAUUGUAAAGUUUCGAAGAUUUUGAUGUCAUUUUCAAUAAACGACACACCUAGCGUCACCUGUUACACAUAAUUCUUA